AUGUUUGAUUGUGCGGUGUCAUUAAGUAGCGUAGAAGGAGGACGGGAAGAUGUUGCUGAAUCGCUUAGCAAAAUUGGAAUCGAACAAUCUACGGUUUUUCUUUCCGCUGCAUAUACUUUCUUGAUGCAGCAUAGUAAGCUCACAGGACAAAAUCGAGCUUUUGUAUUAUCUACAGUAAAUCGGGUUCUUGAGCACAAUCAAACGCCACAGGAUUUAGAUGAACAACAGGCAUUAUUGAUCAUCAAUCUCGCCACACAGGAAAUGGCUCUUUCAAAGGAAAAUGAUGAUUGGCCACAAGCUGCUUGCAAUGUUUUGGUUACUCUAGCAAAGAGAAGCCGAUUUGUUGGGCAUGUAAUGGAAGCAUUGCUCCAGAAAUUCCCACCAGGCCAAACUUCUUCGCCUCAUCGAUACAUCGUUUUAACACUGGCAAAUGUUGCUGAACAUAAUGCAAUCGGAUUCGUGCCAUUUCUGACGGAUAUUCUGUCACGUGUGAUUUCGGUUUUACCUCAUAUCAAGACGGAUGUCUAUCGAUAUGCUUGGGCACAUGCCUUACGAUCAUUUUGUGAAUCCGUUCGUGAAUAUGUUUCUGCUUCAAAUGUCACAAAAACCGAAUAUAACGAUAGCUGUAGUGGUGAUGAUGAACAGAAAUCUAGUAGUGAGACGUGUCGUGAACCAAAAAUUGUACAGAAGAAUUAUGUUGAUCAAAUGGAGUUGGCAUAUGAUCCAGUAUUCAGUUGGUUAAGUGCUAAAGAUGUUAAAGUCCGGGCCGAGGCUGCUAAUUGCAUUGGAGAAUUAUGCCUGAUGAUUUCUCCAAAACGUUUAAUAGAUGAAAUGAGAAGGCUGGUAACAAUGUUUUUAAACUUGCAUCGAAAGAUUAGUACUAACCAGCACCUUGUAACACAGGGUUUGUGCCGUUUUCUGGAAUCGGCAUGUGCAGAUGAAAGCUGUCCAUUAGAUGCAUAUUUGGAAGAUAUAUUGAACACGUUAUUUCCGUUGGUAUAUUCCGUUGCUGAACAAACUGUCGCUUCAAACACUUCAAUGCGUAAUCAAAACGAAGCAUUUCGGUGCUUUCAUGUUGCUGCAACGCGUUUUGCUGAUAAAAUAGUAUAUUACUUGUUGCACAAAAUGCAAAGCGUGCAGGAUGGUUCAAAACUGGGUGCUAUCAAUGUUCUUAGGCAUCUUCUUAAUUCAGCCGGGCCAUAUGUGGAUGACAAACGUUCAUUGGUAAUUCUUGGUUUAAAGCCAAUAUUACUUGCUGGAAGUGAAGGAUUGCUAAGUAUUCGGGUUAAAAAGGCAAUGUGUCAGUUGUGCGUAGCAUUAGCUGAUCAUGAAUAUAUUGAUGUGGAAGGUGGUAAUAAUGUGAUUAUAUUCUUGGUAAAGAAUCUUAUCGUUCAAGAUGAUGAAACGGCUAAGAAAGCAUUCUUCUCAUCAGAAAUGCAAACAGCAGAUAGUGCAACACAUUUGCGAGCUCAGUGUGGACAAGCAUUGCAAACGAUAGCAAAAACGUCUUCAACUGCUCAUAGUUUACUUUGGCCUUAUUUGUUCGAAUUCAUUUGUUCCCAAGAAUAUAACAUAGCAGUGAUGGAUAUCUUUAAAUGUAUUAGGAUUCUUAUCGAACGAACGCUCGAAGCAGGGAAAAAACCGGAUUUUGAGACGGGUUUUGAUAGCCCGCACAUUGCCGGGAAUCUUCAAGUAUUUUCACGACUUAUAACAUGUACCAAUAAUGCACCGCUUAGUUUGGCACUUUCAAAACGAGCUACAGAAGCUUUACGAUUGCUAAGUGUUCUCGCGCCGUGGUUUGAUAAUUCACUGCGUGAUAUUCUACCGAGACGUUGCGAUGAAUUGCUUGUUGUAUUGAAAAGUUUAUCACCACCCGGUACAGUUAACAGUACAAUGGAAGGAGGUAGAAGUGCGGUUUAUGAGCUUCGUCUUACACGUAUUGCACGAUGGCAUGCACAUAUUCUCGAUUUGUUAGAUUUCUGUGUGAGAAAUGUGAACGAUGGUGAGUGGCGAUGUGCGCUCGCAGCUGCUAUGGGGAAACAGUUCAAUUUAUAUGGUGAUGCACCUGAAGAAAAAGCAUUUCUUAUGCGAUGUCUGGGUGGUGCCUUAGCAUUAUCAACAAACACGAGUUUUGUUGUUGACCAUCUUAUUUUGCUGUUCCGUUCAACACUGCAUGCGCAACAAGCUGAACGCACAGGUUGUGCUCAAGCAAUUGGUUAUUGCGCUACUACUCAUACAGAUUUGGUGCUUACGGAACUGGAAAAUAUUGCCAAAUGGGAAAAUUUUAAGAAAAGUUCCGGAUUAUUUGGAUUUAUUAAGGAUGCCAUGCCAUACAAACAAUACAGUGAUCAAGAAAUGAUUAAUCUACGUGCAACCAUCAUGCUUAGCUACGGUCACGUAGUUUAUCACUGUCCAACGGAUGUAGUUACACAAAGACUGGAACAAACUGUACUUAUAUUUUUACGACGAUAUUUGGAAAAUCCAAAGCAGGAAGUAGUUGUUCGAGAAGCGUUGUUGGAAACAAUAUAUUUGAUUGCGAUAUCAGUGAGUCCGGCGCAUCUUAUAACGGAAUAUCAUUUGGGAUGUCGUACCGAAUUUUUGAAUCAUAUUAAAGAUUAUAUUGAAUUCGAAUCACCGGAAACACUAUCAAAUUCCAUAAGGCUACUUGCUAGUAAAGCAGUUGCUGCCUUGGUUGCAUUGGAACCAAUUAUAUCUGAUGAUGAUAUAUGGCAGAUUGGUUAUGUCCUAACAAAUCACACGUUUCCUUUAUGCCGUGAACGAAGUGGCUUAAAAACUAUUGACGAUGAUGAAAGUUCAACGAUGAUGGAGGCUACAGUAAAUCAAUAUCAUGCGGCAAUCGAGCAAAUAAUCAAGAAAAAGGCGGUCGUUGGAACCGUUACACAUUUGUUAAAAAUUUUUCAACCAUAUUAUGCCUCUGCGGCUGGUCAUGAACGCCUACGGGCUAUCGAUACUACAUUACGUGUGCUUACGGUUUAUUUCGAGCAUGCUAGAGAUUUUGCAUUAGGUCGUGCAAGUGAGUUUGGUCCAAUGUCAUCAUUGUUGGCUCGCCUGGUUCCAAGAAUUGCUGAUUCAUUAUGUGCUGUUCGUCAUGCUGCAUUGCGCGCUGUUUAUUGGACAUUUCGACUUGCUCAUGUCUAUAAAGGUCUUGCUCGAGACACCAUCGAUAACACUCUAUUUGAUCCAACAGUAUUCAUCAUUGAGUAUCUUGGUGAUGAGGGCAAAUUGGAAGGAAUACUUUCACGGAAAGCUAUCAAAGUUAUGGCUGAUAUUACAGACAGUCGUUUACCUCAAUCCCAAAUACAAACAUACAUAUCGGGUUUGUUUGGCAUGAUAAAUGAUCGCCAGAGUCAAGUUAGUUCCGCAGCUGCUCAAUUACUUACCAGUAUAUUAACACAUCGUGGCGAUACGCUUUCUAUUGAGGCUGAUACACUGGUCACAACAUUAUUAAACAAAUUACCGGAUAUACAUGCAUGCGUUCAAACAUAUACCGAUUUAUUGGCAGCUUUAAUAGCGUUUGCACAUCAUCAAUUAUAUGCAUGUAUCGACGUUAUGUUGGCUAGACCAUUACCCUAUUCUGUCUCAAUGAUCGAUGCAUGGCAUACAAUGUCGCAUGAUCAUUCUUUGUUCCCAUUAAUUGCUGAUUAUUUGUUGGAAUUGAUAACAACUGGAUGUGGUUCAUCAGGAACAUCCGAAGUACCAUUUGAAGUUCUGGAUACUGGUGCUGGAUCCUCGGUGAAAAUUGUGAAACCUGAAGUUUGUACAUUAGCGGCAGCUAUUACAGAAAUUAUUAAGGCUGGUGAACCAGAAGUAGAACUAUGCAAGCGAAUUCCAAAUAUUUUAGCAGCUCUGUUGCAAUUUCUUGCAGCUGUCAUUGAUACUCAGUACCCAGUUUUGAUGAAGGAAAAAGAUAGCGCGAAAUCGUUGAUCAUCACUCCAGAAUUGCGGCGGUUAUCAUCUACACCAGCCGCAUUAGCAUCACAGGCUUUACGAAGUUUGUUUCUGCGAACACUCGAUGAUGCUAUCGUUGAAAAGAUGAAUUCAGAACGUGCAUGGAGUGAUUGUGUCGAUACAUUGCAUUUUACGAAUGGCAUAGCAGUUCUUACUCGCUCACUAAGUGAACAUCGUCCUGAAUGGAUACGACCACUUGUAACAUUGAUGAUACCUCGUAUGCAAUCUCCCAGUGAUGCAUAUCGCAUUGCUGCUGCUGCAGUUUUAUCUGCCUUAACGAAACGAUGUCCGAAUGAAGAUGGAAAAGUUGAUGAUAAGCUUCUCGAGGUACUAAUUAUGAAUUUAAUGAAAGCAUUGGACGAUCGUAAUUUGAAGAUUCGAAAAUUAGCUGUACGUGGACUCGGUGAUUUGGCUUGCUGUAGUGAUUCAAUUUUAAACAAAUAUUCAUCAGAUGCCAUACAAGCGGCGAUGGCUGGGUUAGAUGACAGUGGUGAUCGUCGAGAUGAGAUUGCAAUGGAAGCAGUUAACGCACUGAAUAAACUUUCUACAUGUGUACCGAACACACAUCUGGAGAAUAUAUUGUCGAAUGUAUUGUUGAAAUUACGACCGUGUUUUGAAAAAGAAAGUAGUGCAUUGCGUGCUGUAUCAUUCAGUUUAUUCGGUGAAUUAGGUCAACGGGUGGGUAGUUAUGAUGCAUAUCGCGAACAAUUACUUAUAAAUAUUGUUUCAAUUGUUUUACAUUUAAAUGAUGAAGAGGAUCAAGUAAAGCAGAUGUGUGCACGAUGCCUCAUAUCGGUAAGUUCGUUGUUAAAUUCCGAUCGUUUGACACUGUUGAUUGAACGCGACUUGAAAAUCGAUGAACAGUGCCAUAAUUAUCGUCAAUUUUUAAAAGAAUUCAGUGUAAUAUUAGCUUUUUCAUUUCCUGAUCGCAUCAACUAUUAUGCAUUGAGUUGUAAUAAUUAUUUUAAAAGUACAUCGUCUCGUAUCCGUUCCAACGCAGCUCACAUGACGGGUUAUUUAUUGGGUGAAUUAACACCAGAAUUACGGAGUACUGUUUCGAAAGAAUUAAUAUUUGCAGGAUUGAUGCUAUUAUUAAAAGAUCACGAUAUUGAUGUUCGCUUAUCAACUGCUCGAGCUAUAUCAUGCCUGCACCGUUAUACAUAA